CGACGCCUUCUGAGUGGCUGUGUCCGUCAAGAUGGCGCUGCUGACGGGAGUUCGCCGCUCGGUUCACGCGUUGCUCCGCUCGGGGGCCCGGCUGCAGGGCAUAGCCCUGGGGCGCACUGAGCAGCUGGCCGGCGGCCGGGACAGCACGCGGCCCUUCGGGAGCCAGCGGGUUCUGGUGGAACCGGACCCGGCUGCAGGGAUUGCUGUGCUGAAGCUGAAGAGCCCCCCAGUGAAUAGCCUCAGCAUGGAGCUGCUCACAGAACUGGUUAUCAGUGUGGAGAAGCUGGAGAAUGACAAAUCCUUCCGGGGCAUUGUCCUUACGUCGGACUGCCCCGGCGUCUUCUCAGCCGGCCUGGACCUGAGAGAGAUGUGCGGGCGGAAUCCCGCACACUACGCUGAGUACUGGAAGGCCAUGCAAGAGCUCUGGCUGCGGCUUUACCGGUCCAACAUGGUGUUUGUGUCCGCCAUCAAUGGAGCCAGCCCGGCUGGAGGCUGCCUGAUAGCUCUCACCUCUGACUACCGUGUCCUGGCCAACAACCCCAAAUACGUUAUUGGACUGAAUGAGACCCUACUGGGCAUCGUUGCCCCCUUCUGGUUCAAGGAUACCAUGGUGAACACCAUCGGGCACCGGGCAGCUGAGAGAGCCCUGCAGCUAGGCAUGCUCUUCCCACCGGCGGAGGCCCUGCAGGUGGGCAUCGUGGAUCAGGUGGUGCCUGAGGACCAAGUACACAGCACAGCACUCAAAGUCAUGGCCCAGUGGCUGGCCAUCCCAGAUCACGCUCGGCAGCUGACCAAGAACAUGAUGCGCGGGCCCACGGUCGACCGACUGGUGAAGCAGCGCGAGGCCGACGUGCAGAACUUUGUGAGUUUCGUGUCCAGGGACUCCAUCCAGAAGUCUCUGCACAAGUACCUGGAGAAGCUCAAGCAGAAGCAAGGCUGAGGCGGCUCUGGACCACCCACAGGAGCUCCCAGGGGCCCUCCCAGAGCGGGAUCAUGAAUAAAGUCCUUGGGACUUCUC